GCGUGGUGAGUGUGAGGGUUGGGGUGAGUUAUAUCGGCAGUGAGAGGGCUUGUGAGAAUGCGGAGAGAGAGAGAGAGAGAGAGGUUCCCCAAGCCCUGGGAGGAUUUUGAGCAGAUCCGGAAGAGUGCAGAAGACACGUGGAGGGAGCAGCUGAAUCCAGUAUCUGUUACAUCUGGCGGUGCGGAUGAGGCUUUACAGACGAUGGUUUGGAGUGGUGUUUACAGAACGAUGCUAGACCCGCAGGAUCUCACGGGUGAGAAUCCACUGUGGACGAGUGUUUUAUGGUAUUUGGGAUUCGUUUAGAGCGCAGCAUCCGCUGCUCACGAUUAUUGACCCUCAUGCGCAGUCAAGGAUGGUGCGCAGUGUCUUCUUGAUACGUAUAAGCACGAAGGUUGGCUUCCAGAUUGCCGCAUGAGUCUUUGCAAAGGGUGGACACCAGGCGGGUCAAACGCCGAUGCG